UCCGGUUCUUCGUGGCCCUGCCUCCCCGGUAGUUUUAUGACAUUUAUUUCAGAAAAUUGUAUAUACUUCUUAUUUUCAUCAUGAUACACAGUCUUUUCAUCAUAAACAGUAGUGGAGAUGUUUUUAUGGAAAAACACUGGAAAAGUGUCAUACAUAAAUCAAUAUGCGACUACUUUUUUGAAGUUCAGGGAAAGGCUGCCUCUGCUGAUGAUGUGCCUCCAGUGAUUCCUACUCCUCAUCACUACCUCAUCAACAUCUACAGGAACCAGCUGUAUUAUGUUGCUGUUGUCACUACAGAAGUGCCUCCAAUGUUUGUGAUCGAGUUCCUACAUCGGAUCUUUGACACAUUUGAAGAUUAUUUCAAUGAGUGCACAGAGAGCAUAUUAAAGGAGCAUUAUGUCAUUGUUUAUGAGUUACUUGACGAGAUGCUUGACAACGGUUUCCCGUUAGCAGUGGAGCUGAAUAUUCUGAAGGAGUUGAUUAAACCUCCAAAUUUCCUCCGGACCAUUACCGACACUGUUACAGGCAAAAACACCAGUGUGAGUGGCAUCUUGCCCACUGGUCAGUUGUCCAAUAUUCCCUGGCGACGGACAGGGGUCAAGUACACCAACAAUGAGGCGUACUUUGAUGUGAUAGAGGAGAUAGAUGCCAUCAUAGAUAAAUCUGGAACAACUGUGACAGGAGAGAUACAGGGAUAUAUUGACUGUCUGAUCAAACUGACCGGAAUGCCUGAUCUGACCUUAUCCUUCAUCAACUCGCGUCUCCUCGACGACGUCAGUUUCCAUCCAUGUGUACGCUUCAAACGAUGGGAGAGUGAGAGAAUCCUGUCUUUUGUACCCCCAGAUGGCAACUUCAGACUCAUAUCCUACCACAUAACAUCAAACAAUCUUGUAGCUAUACCAAUUUACCUGAAACACAGCAUUAUGUUCCGGGAGGGAUCGUCCGGGAGGUUUGAGGUGACAGUGGGACCAAAGACUACCAUGGGAAAAACGGUGGAAAAUGUAGUUAUGGAGGUUCCCUUUCCUAAGACAGUUCUAAAUGCAACCUUGACCCCAACUCAAGGAAAAUACACCUUUGACCCAGUCUCCAAGGUGAUGACCUGGGAUAUAGGAAGGAUUGACACUACUAGAUUACCCAGUAUUAAAGGAACUGUAACUCUACAGACAGGAGCUCCAGUACCUGAAUCCAACCCGACUAUCAAUAUGUACUUCACCAUCAGUCAGCUGGCUCUGUCAGGUAUCAAAGUCAACAGACUCGACAUGUAUGGGGAGAAAUACAAACCUUUCAAGGGAGUGAAAUAUAUAACGAAAGCUGGAAAGUUUCAAGUACGGACAUAAUAACCAUAGCACCAUAUGGAACGACUGGUUUGUGUGAAAUCUUGUUGUCCGCAGAAUAAAUUUCAGACAAUGGUUGGAUAACACGUAUGGAGAUAUUCUGUGAUAAAUCCGUGUGAAAUAGUGAUGUAAGUGAUUGUGAACUAGUGAUGCAGCUCCGAGCUGACUUCCGAGGGCUGUACAGAAGCUUGAUCGAUUCCUGUGGUGCCCCAUCACCGAGAAGUGGAAUAACGAGAUACAGUUGGGUACCCCACUAGUUUUUACUGUAUCAGUAACAGUAGUACUCAGCUCAGGACUUCUGGUUCAUGUUCAACAUCAUACCGAACGUGGAAGAUAUGCCAGAACUCUGGUACUAUAACUGGUAUGUUACCAGAAGAACAUUAUACUUUUCAUUACAUGAGAAAUGUGCUAUUUCACAUUGUACAGCUGGCCAUAAAUGAUGCUGUGUGGGUAUAGUGUUAAAUAAGGUUUAUAAAGAAUAAGGUUUAGAUUUCUAAGUCAUUACAAUUCAUUCAGAAUAGAAUAAUCUGUUGAUUGGAAAUGUGUGAGUCAUAAAAGUGUACAUGUAUGUUCAGCAACAAACAGACAAAUACUCAAGAAAAACCUUUUUUUAAAAAUUCUCCAAAAUAAUCAUUAUAUUCAGACUUGUAAUUGUGUAUUCACACUUCGGUCCAAUACAGUGUUAAAAGUUUCAGUCUUGUUUAAAAGUUAUUAGUCUCAGACUGACAGUAUAAUAUCAACGUGGUGAGUUAAGAUGUUCACAUUUUAUUGUGUAAAUCAGUAUUUUCUUUCAACAAAAAUCAUUCGACACAUCACUCUAUAUUUUGUGAGUACAUAAUUUAUAAACUGUUUGUGACCACAAAUUUGACCAACAGUGCUUUUGUUAUUUUAUGAUUGUUGUGUUUGAUUUAUUUUUUAAAUAUUGAAGCAUGAAUUCAAUUUUGGGUGUUGAGAAUGAAAGAUAAAGGAAUACAAGCAUCAUAUCCAUUUAGUUUUCGUAAUGAUGCUCCGGUAGGAUUUUAAUUUUGAAAACUGUGGUACUCUUGUGUUGUAAAAGAUGUAUACAUUUAUUGUAAUUAUGAACAUGUAUAAGAGAGCAUUGGAGCGUUCCUCUUACACACGAUGUGUUCCUGUCAUAGGUUACCAUGCAAUAGUUUGUUGUACAGUAUUUAUUAUAAAUAAACUACUUACCUUGUUGUGUUGAUAAAUCAGACGACAGUAUAAGUCAUUAUAAACUGCCAGAAAUACGUAUCAUGCUUCAGCAGAUUCCAUAUUGUUUCAGAGUUUGCAUGUGCUGCUUA